UACCGGAAGUCGUGUAUUUGUCAUGCCCCAGAUUCAGUGACAUUAGUCCGGUGCAGGGUAAAUAAUGUUGUUUGGCUUGACACUGAGCCGUAGGCUGCUGUCUCAUCGGCACUGCGUCCUGCAGUGUCGCAACAUUAAAUCAGAAAACACAGUCAGAAGUGCUGCUCUGGACAGCGUGCUCUCUGCAUUCAGGUCUAUAUGUGGUGAGGAUGGCGUCUUUUUGGGUGAAGCCGUCAGAGAGCAGCACGGCAAAGAUGAGUCUGUCCACAGAUGUCGUCCCCCAGAUGUUGUGCUGUUUCCUCGUUGUGUGGAGGAGGUCAGCGCCCUGGCUAAGGUGUGCCACAACCACCACCUUCCCAUCAUCCCCUUUGGCACUGGAACUGGCCUGGAGGGAGGGGUCGGCGCAGUGAAGGGUGGUGUGUGCUUCAGUCUGAGGAACAUGGACCAGGUUCUGGAUGUCCACCAGGAGGACUUUGAUGUGACAGUGGAGCCUGGUGUGACUCGGAAGGCCCUCAACGCCUACCUGCGAGACACCGGCCUAUGGUUUCCUGUUGAUCCUGGGGCAGAUGCGUCUCUGUGUGGUAUGGCCGCCACCAGUGCGUCUGGUACCAAUGCAGUGCGUUAUGGAACUAUGAGGGAAAACGUCUUAAACCUGGAGGUGGUGCUGGCUGAUGGGACUAUCAUACACACGGCUGGGAAGGGCCGACGUCCCAGGUACACAGUAGCCAUUUGCACCCUCAAAUAUGCAGUAUUGCCUAGGGCAGCUUGCACUUACCUUUCUUUUCUAUCUUUAUCAAUCUUCAGGAAAUCAUCAGCAGGCUACAACCUGACAAACCUGUUUGUGGGGUCAGAGGGCACCCUGGGGAUCAUCACCAAGACUACAUUGCGCCUAUACGGCAUCCCAGAGGCCAUGGUGUCAGCUGUCUGCUCUUUUCCCUCCAUCCAGGCUGCUGUAGACAGCACAGUACAGAUUCUACAAGCGGGAGUACCCAUCGCCCGCAUCGAGUUUCUGGAUGAUGUGAUGAUUGAUGCGUGCAACAGGUUCAGCUCUCUGUCCUACCCUGUGACCCCGACUCUGUUCCUGGAGUUCCACGGCUCUGAACGAAGCCUCGAGGAACAGGUCAACACAGCUGAGGACAUCACUCACAGUAAUGGUGGUUCAGAUUUUCAGUGGGCUAGAGAUGCAGAAACACGGGAUCGGUUGUGGAAAGCUCGUCAUGAUGCCUGGUACGCUGCUCUGGCUCUCAGACCUGGCUGCAAGGCCUACGCUACAGAUGUGUGUGUCCCUCUGUCUCGACUGCCUCAAAUCAUAGUGGAGACAAAGGAGGACCUGACUGAGAACAGACUUACAGGUCCCAUAGCAGGUCAUGUGGGUGAUGGUAACUUCCACUGUGUGAUGGUGGUGGACCCCGGUGACCCAGAAGAGCUGCACAAGGUCCACCUGUUCACUGAGAGACUGGCCAGGCGAGCCCUGGCCAUGGAUGGUACAUGUACAGGGGAGCACGGAGUGGGCUUAGGGAAGAGAGUGCUGCUGUGUGAGGAGAUGGGACCCAUGACUAUCCAGGUCAUGCAGGGUCUCAAGGACGCCCUUGACCCAAAGGACCUGAUGAAUCCUGGGAAAAUUCUGCAGCCUAGAGAACUAUAAACACUAUUUCAGUUUGAGGGAAAGUCACUAAACACAGAGAAUCUCAUCAUGAUUUGCUCACUGUUCAUGGCUUGAUCAGAGGCAUUUUUAGAGCAUAUUGCACACGAAGUAAUUCCUGUUAAAACAUGGCUUCUGGUUGAGACAUAACAGGCAGGGAUCACUCAAAAGUGAAAACUAGGAUAUCAGUAGGAAGACGUUUUUAAUGUGGGACAUAUAGGAUUGUACAUAAAUCUGUGCAGGUGUUACUGUGUGGUCACCAGUAAUAAUGCUCUCUUUUCCAGUUUGGAAAAGCAGUUAGCCUUUGAUCUAGAAAUUCAAGUGAAUCAAGAAAAUCAAGAAUGUUUUAAUUUGAAUGGAUUGUGGUGGCAGUUCAUUGCUAUCCUCCUCACUAUGUUGGAUUUUUCAUGCAAACCUACAUACAUUAAAUGAGGUUUGUUUUUGCCUGACUGACCUGCUAAAAAAAUAUAUCUAUUCCUUUAACUACCAAUAACAAUAACAAAAUACACCAUCAGUCCUUUGCAGACGACUGAUUUUGUCCAAACGUUUUGUUUUGAAAAUACAACAUUGUGUUGAAUCUGAAUCAGUUUUUUGUCUCUUCACUUUGUUUCUGCAUAUCUUGAUAAUUGAUUAUUUGAUAUCAAGCAAAAAUGCAAAUCUCUGGCUGAUUUGCUACUCUUGCGUAUUUCCCAAAAUGUCAAACUAUUCCUUUAAACAGUUUGGUGAAAUGUUCCCAUUUCCAUAGACACGUUUUCAUAUCUUGAACACCAAGUAGAUCAAGUAGAAGUUAAUUUUCAACUUUGCACUUGAUGUAUCAGGCUCUUCUUUCCCUUGACAUACAAUGGAAAUUUAUAAAGCUAUCUUUUUUGAGUUAAAAUGGCAGUAAGUUUAAAACAAGCCAUAUCAAUAAUAAGUCUGGUCUCACCUAUGUACCUGAUGUUAGAACCUACAGUAGCCUAAUUUUAUGACCUCUUUGAACUCAUCAACAUAUUUGGGAUCGACUGCACCAGAGCACAGAAAAUGGAGGUGACACAGCAGUGUAUUGUGACACUUGAUUAAUAUGAAGAAGUACAUCUUGGCAUCAGAGGGUAGCUACAAUACAGGAUGUGGAUUUUAGACAUAUUAAAAUUCCACUUUAUCUCCCUGUGGUAGUGAAACACUAAAUAAAGAAUAUUGAUGGAU